AUGGCCGUCUGCCCUCUCCAGACCACGACCUUGCCUCCCAGUUCUUUGGGGGGCACUGAGGCUAAGUUUGGGGGUGCCAACUCGAGCUCGAUCGAGUUGGGUGUCAAAAACCAGAAAAGUGGUCUUUUGGAGCAUUUGGAGCAUAUGGGACGUGAGGAGCAUGGAAGGACUUGGCAUGGACGCAGCUCAACUGGAUACGCAAAGGAAGAAGGAGGAAGCCAUCUUGAAGACCAGCUCGACCAUCCACUCGACCGGCCAAGCUUCAACUCGAUCGAGCUGAGAAGUCAAAGUCAAACCCGAAAAAUGUUGCUUCCCCCUUGA